CGUCUUAAACUGUUAUCCUUGGUUUACUCUAUUAUUCUCCGUUUCUAAGUUCAUCACUGAGAGCAAUCUUCUCUCUAACUUCCAUAGAUCUUCAUCGAAGCGAACUGCAGAAACCCUUGGAAGUAAGAAGAUGCAAGAUCUAUGGAACGGCCCUCCAGGUUUCAGACCCUGCAAAUCCGCUCCUUGCUCACCAGCGAAACCUAUUGGGAUCUCCAGAACUCGCUCAGAGUCUUUUCAUAUGACGCAUAAGGUCCCAUUCGGCGACACUCCUUAUGUGAAGGCCAAAAACGUUCAGUUGGUGGACAAGGACCCAGAAAAGGCGAUUCCUUUAUUUUGGGCUGCAAUUAACGCUGGAGAUAGAGUUGACAGUGCUCUUAAAGACAUGGCAAUUGUGAUGAAACAACAGAAUAGGGCAGAGGAAGCCAUUGAAGCUAUUAAGUCACUAAGAAGUCGGUGUUCAGACCAAGCACAAGAGUCUCUGGAUAAUAUUCUUUUGGAUCUUUACAAGAGAUGUGGAAGAUUAGAUGAUCAAAUUGCACUUUUGAAGCAUAAAUUGUACUUGAUUCAACAAGGAAUGGCGUUUAAUGGAAAGCGUACCAAAACCGCUCGAUCUCAAGGAAAGAAGUUUCAAGUUUCUGUGGAACAGGAAGCCACUCGCUUGCUGGGGAAUUUAGGAUGGGCACUUAUGCAGCAGAACAACCAUAUUGAAGCAGAAGAUGCCUACCGACGAGCCCUUUUGAUCGCGCCAGAUAACAACAAAAUGUGCAAUUUGGGCAUCUGCCUGAUGAAACAGGGGAGGAUUGCAGAGGCCAAAGAAACACUCAGGCGAGUAAAACCGGCUGUCGUAGACGGCCCAAGAGGCGUAGAUUCCCAUCUAAAAGCCUUCGAUAGGGCUCAACAGAUGCUCCGUGACCUCGAAUCAGACAUGAUGAAUAAAGUAGUAGAUAGGGUGGAACAGAGUAGGCUCUUUGAUACCUUCUUGGGUUCUUCUUCAAUUUGGCAACCUCAGCCUUGCAAGGAUCCUUCUGUCCUCCCAUCUGUAAAAACAAUGAUGAUGACAACAGCACGACAAGAUGAUUUUGCUGACGAGAAUGUAGAUUCGAACAGAAUUAUCCCAUCACAGAGAAGCUUGAAACCCAUAGUUCCAUCUGGGAAUUUGCUCAACAUUGAUGCACCACCAUUCUAUUCAUCUAAGUUAAUAAUAGACCAAAGUGAAGAACAAUUUCAUGAUCCUCUGGGUCGACUCAAGAGAACCAGGUCUGGUCAUUCUGUCCCUUCUCUUAUCAAAGGGCUUGAACAUGGGGAAGACUGCACAAGACAUGCUACAUCAAUUGGCAUGAAGCACCCAGAACACAAGACUAGGAGGUGUUCUUCUGCCAUUGAAGAAAAUGGGGGCACAGAGUUGUUGUUGCCAGAUAGCAAGGACUUUGAAGAGGCCAUCUUAGCAGCAUUUCUUGGUUCACCUAAAGAUACAUCCAAGACUGUGGAGACUACUUCUAACAAUCCAAAGAUAGACAAGAGGCUAAAAGUUUUCCAGGAUAUUACACUCUCCCUGAGUCCCAGAACUAGGUUGACUUGGAUGGGAUAGCCCGGCUCAAAUCAGUCAGAAUUCCUGUUUCUCUAAUUCACUUAUUAGUUAAUGUUUUUAGGAUGGAGAUGAACUUGUUCUCCUCAACUCCAUUACUCAAGGGGAAUGGAGUAUGUUACCAGUGGGGGGGUAGGUAGGAGUAAAGUAGCUUUUGUUGCUUUCUUAUAAAUUCAUUGGUUGCCUCUGAAAGAUGGC